ACACACACACACACACAGCAACGCCAAUCUCACUUCAGGAUACAGCCGACACGUUCCACGCUCUGGGCACCAUGUCCUAAUAGCUGUGUGUGGAUGUGUGUGUGUGUGUGUGUGUGCAUGUUUGUAAACCAAACUGAUUCCGAUUUAGUGAAAUCCGGUGCGAGUCGGUGGGGCUGCACCGCUCCACAUUUUUGCGCAACUAUUUUCAUUCAUCCAGCGUCACAGCUGAAGAAAACCAUGAUCCGAGCUAGUUUCUGCAUCUGGCGCGCGCUUUGGGUCGCUGCUCGUUCCGGACUGUUAAAGCGGCGCUGAAAACCGCUGCACUCUGUUUGUCUAACUUUGAUCGCGGUGGUGACGAGCGAUCACUGAAGUCUAAAACUCUCUCCUCUGUUGGACUCAUGGCUCUGUGGAGAAUGGACCUGAUCAGACUCUGUUUGCUCCAGAUGCUUGUAAUAGGAGUGCCCUGGCUGGUGUUGGCGGGGCAGUGGGACUGCCUGACUGCAGGCGAUUCAUGCUCCAGUGAUGAAGCGUGCAGUCCACGACUACGCACUCUGCGUCAGUGUGUGGCAGGCGGGGGGAGUGUGAAGCUGGGGCCAGGGGCUCGUAACCACUGCGAGAACGCUGUGACCGCUCUGCUAGCCAGUCCUCUCCACCGCUGCCAGUGUAAACGUGGCAUGAAAAGGGAGAAGAACUGCCUCAGCAUCUACUGGAGCCUCAAGCAGUCUGUAAUACACGGAUUGAACCUUGUAGAGAGUUACCCAUAUGAGCCUGUGGAGAGAGGGUUUGAUUAUGUUCGCCUGGCUUCCAUCGCUGCAGAGUCCGAUGCGGGUAUGGCGACAGUGAAUCACUGUCUGGAUGCGGCUAAAGCCUGCAAUGUGGAUGAUACAUGCCAGAAGCUGCGCACAGAGUAUGUGUCAGCCUGCAUUGCCCCAUCAGUGAGAGCGGGGUCUUGUAAUCGUGCGCGCUGCAACAAAGCCCUGCGAAAGUUCUUUGACCGUGUGCCACCUGACUACACACACGAGUUGCUGUUCUGUCCGUGCUCAGACACAGCAUGCUCUGAGCGGCGUCGCCAGACCAUCGUCCCUGCAUGCUCAUAUGAGGAAAGAGAAAAACCCAACUGCCUGGCUCAGCUCAGCACCUGCGAGGAUGACCUUGUGUGCAAAUCUCGUUGGGCCCAGUUCAAGCAUGACUGCCAGCCCUCAGAGCUCACUGCCAGCGGCUGCCAGCAAGAGAACUAUGGGGCCUGCCUCAUUGCCUACACUGGUCUAAUAGGAACCACUAUCACUCCAAACUAUGUGGAUAACUCCACAUCUAAUGUGGGGCCGUGGUGUUCAUGUGCAGCCAGUGGGAAUCACAGGGAGCAGUGCUAUGACUUCUUAAUUAAUUUCCAUGAAAACAUCUGUCUAAAAAAUGCUAUCCUCGCCUUUGGCAAUGACACUGACUCCAAAUCAGCAGCUAACCAGCCAGGAGCAGCCAGUCCAAGGAACAACACUCCCAAUCAACGCCUAGCUACCAGCACCAUAACCACUACCACCAUCUCAGUUAAUGUGGAGAGCCAGCAGAACAUCUUCCAUCCACAAAUACCCACCCAGAUGAACGAGAGAGACAGACUACUGAGUGACUCUACCCUCCCAUUACCUGAUCUGUAUGACAGCAGCCCUGGAUGCACUGACCUGGCAGUGACAGCUUUUCUCCCCCUCAUCCUGGUGCUGGCUCUUCAUUUCUAGAAUCAAGCCAGCCAAUCACAGCUCAGCAGCAUGGAGUUGGGUUGGGACAGUGUGUGAGGCUUUUCAUCAAAUCCCUCUGGUGAGAAAAUAGACAAAUAAAUAUAAGAGCACAAAAGAGAGAACCAUCCAAAAAGACUGCGACCCAAGUUUCCAGCCCACAAUGUGAAGUAGUGAUUUAUUUUAUGAGCACAGUUCUAUGACUGAUACUUGAGACUGAACUGGAGUAAAGAGAGUGUAAAUGUGUGUGUAUGUAUGUGUGUAUGUCUAUGUAUAAAACUUUCUAUGAAGGCCUGUGUAAAAAAAAAAAAAAAAAAAAAAAGAAGAAAAAGAAAAAAAGAACACACUUUGAAGUGCAAAAAUCUUACAUAACUUUGUGGUUUAUCAUAUAGUCCCUAAUCAUUAUUAUUUCAAUACCUAUUUUUUCAGAUACAGUGAUUUUGGUACAUCUGUAUUGACGAAUCAGGUCAGUUCUGCAGCAUGUAUAAGGGACAAAGCACAGUGAUGAGUGUCUCAUUCGAGAGCUGUAAUCAUACACUAGUGUUUGUGGUGAUGAUGACUCUUCACAGGAAGACACUUUAUCGAUGGAAUCGCAGGGAUGUUUAAAUAAUAUGAUGUACUUUAUUUUUGUAAUGUGUAGAAAAUAUUCAUUUAUCAUUAGUGAUAUCCUCUCUUGUUAGUCAUGAUUUUUGUCUUCAGUGAUGUCUGCAAAUUACGCACCUUUGCUUUAACCUCAGACUUACUGAACUGCCAUGUAUUUGACCUUUUCAGUGAAUUAUGAGUGGAAAAUCACUUUUCUUUUAAAGAAAUGCUCUGUAGACCACACGUGCUGGGAUAAAACACAAGAGUUUACACUGAACUGCUAGUUUGUUCCAUUAACCCACCCCCCAUCUUCACACAAAUGAAACGUUCCAACAAGCUAUAUGUCAUGUGACUGUGAUGUGUGGUAAAUCUAACAGACCAGCACCAGUUACUGAUCAGAUAAGCACUGAGUGGAAUAUAUUAAAUGCGUGACCAAGGUGGCUAUCGUGGCAUGAUUGGUGUUGCUAGAUGUGACAGAAAAGCAUUUCACAAGUGGAUCUAGUCCAGGCUUCUCAUGCACAGUUGGUUUAUAGAGAAUUUGUGUGAAAUGCAAAACAACUACGAGAGAUUAGAGAUCCUAUGGACAAAAACAUUGUGUAGAUCAAAGGUGAAUGGUGAUAAUUGUGCAAGCAAGCAGACAUGCCACAGCCACAAAUCAACAGUGGGGUGUGAUCUCAAAAUCCUCCAUUUACCAGCUACAACUGUCAAAGGCCAGCAGCAAAGGGUAAGAAGGCACGUCUUGUGUCGGAAUUGGAACUCUGAGGACUGGAAAUUUUUUACUUGUCAAAUGAAUCCUUUUGCAUCAUGAUGCACUGAUGGAGGAUCAGUUUGAGAACAACAUGAUUCCAUGGAGCUUCCUGUUUAGUGUGACUAAUACUUCAGGCAGGAGAUGGCAGUGUGAUGAUGUGGGGAAUGUUUUCCUUAAUGUAACAUUAUGACGUUAAUACACACUGAAUACCACCUGAACAGCACAGUGUACCUCAACAAUGUUGCUGAGCAACACCACCCCUUUCACGGUUGGUUACAGUUUAUCCACACUCAGACGGAUACUUCCAGUAGGAUAACGUAUCGUAUAACACAGCUCAUGUUGUUGCUGAAUGGCUCCAGGAAAAUGAGAGCAAAUUGUUAUUGCUUCAGUGGCCUAAACAAUCCCAAGACCUCAACAGCAAGAUUGAGGCGCCACACGCUACUAGGUACUUAAUAAUCUGGCAACACAGUGGCGUUGAGGAAGCCUUAGAAAAGAAAAAAAAAGACAUGCUUGUUUCUUAAAGAAGGUCCACAAGAAUUAGUCACACAACUAAUAUAUAUUGGAUGGCAUAAUUUCUCUCAGCUUAUGGAUGUCAUUAUCCACUUUAACACAACGGCAAAAAAAAGCAUUUAAAACACAGACACUUGGCUGCAUGGCCUCCCGGAGCCAGUGCCCGUGGAUGUGGCAAUCUAACAGCAGCCAAUGGAAAAUGAAGCACCGCUCAAAAAAUGAAACCUUCUGUGUAUUUGAUAUGCAGGAGCCAUAUUUCUUUCCUUUUUUUCCCCCCAAUCCGCUUCUUGGGACACAAAAAAGGACAUGGUGUUGGCAAGUGGGCAGGGUUUGUUUCUAAUAUAAUAUAAUUGUAAUUUCUUGAAAAAUAAAGCUGCCAUAUGAAAAUGUAAGAA